AUGUUAUAUAAAUAUUCGUUAUUUAAUGAUUUUGCCAAAUUUUUAACAAAAAAUAACAAAAUAAUGGUGAUUAAACAAAAUAAGGGAUAUCAUAAUGCCGCUAGUAAGAAUAACAGAUUUUUAAAAAAUAUAGUAAAUGAUGGAAUUAACAAAAAAGGAAAACAAAGAAAUAUAUCUACAUCCAAAGUAAACAAUGGAAAUAGAAUGAAUAUGAUAUUAUAUAAAAAACAUGGUCAACAUCUUUUAAAAAAUCCAGGCAUAUUAGAUAAAAUAAUAAUGGCAGCAAAAAUAAAAAGUUCAGAUAUUGUAUUAGAAAUUGGAUGUGGUACUGGGAAUUUAACUGUUAAAUUACUACCAUUAUCCAAAAAAGUAAUAACAAUAGAUAUAGAUGCACGAAUGAUUAGUGAAGUUAAAAAACGAUGUCUAUAUGAAGGAUAUAAUAAUUUAGAAGUUUAUGAAGGAGAUGCAAUUAAAACAAUUUUCCCAAAAUUUGAUGUAUGUACUGCUAAUAUACCAUAUAAAAUAUCAAGCCCCCUUAUAUUUAAAUUAAUAGCUCAUAGACCUUUAUUUAAAUGUGCAGUUUUAAUGUUUCAAAAAGAAUUUGCGGAAAGAAUGUUAGCAAAUGUUGGUGAUAAUAAUUAUAGUAGAUUAACAGUUAAUGUAAAACUCUUUUGUAGAGUUAUAAAAGUUUGUAAUGUAGAUAGAAGUAGCUUUAAUCCUCCUCCAAAAGUUGAUAGUAUUGUUUUAAAACUUAUACCAAAAGAAAAUAAUUCCAUGAUAAAUUUUGAUGAAUGGGAUAACUUACUAAGAAUAUGUUUUAGUAGAAAAAGAAAAACCCUUCAUGCUAUUUUUAAAAGAAAUGCAGUGUUAAAUAUGUUAGAACAUAAUUAUAAAAAUUAUUGUACAUUUAAUAAAAUUAUCCCAAUUAAUUAUAGUUUUAAAACUUUUUGUCUCGACACUUUAAAAGAUUUAGAAAUGGAAGAACAAAGAAGUAUUAAUUUAGAUGAAAACGAUUUUUUAAAAUUAUUACUAGAGUUUAAUAAAAAAGGUAUUCGUUUUUUUAACAUAGCCAAUACUAAGGGGGUCAAUUCGGCAAAUGUAUUUUUAGAUGAUGAAGAUGAUGAACAGGACAAUCACCUGAAUGGUCAGAAAAAAAAGCGAAAAAAAAACAAAAAUAAAAAAAUAAAUGAAAAUGAAAACGAAAAUGAAAAUUUUAGUGACGAUGACCAAACUGAUAAUGAGGAAAGUGACUCUACCUCGAAUUGA